GCCGCGUCCGACGCCAGGAAUACCCCGGCAGGGAAGGACCCCCCAACCCAUCCCUGCCGUACCCUAUCCUAUCCUCCCUCCCGAGGGCGGGGAGCGCCGGGCUCCCACCUCUCCUCUCAGGGACGCCCCUCCCGGACCUGCGUCCCCUGCGCGGGGACAGCAGCCCCCCUCGGCCUAGCAGCCCUUCUCAGCCCAGCGUCCCGUCCCGUCCCGUCCCGCCUCGCCUCGCCUCACGCCGCUGUAUCCGCCGCCGCCGCCGCCGCCGGCGGCCCCGGAGCAGUUUCCCGGCUGCACUCGGCCCCCGGAAGGGCACGAGGCGGCAGCGCACGGAGAAGAGGAAGGGACCGGCUGGGCCAGAAGGGGACGGGACUGGGGCCAUGAACGGCUCAGCGAACUCGCUGCUGGACAAAGAGGAGCACCCGCUGCAGCUGGGCGAGAGCUUCGAGCGGCGGCCCAAGGCCUUCUUCCACACCAUCCGCUAUGAUUUUAAGCCAGCAUCGAUUGAUACAUCUUGUGAGGGGGAGCUCCAAGUGGGUAAAGGAGAUGACGUAACGAUCACUUUGCCACAUAUUCCAGGUUCGACUCCACCAAUGACUGUAUUUAGAGGAAAUAAGAGGCCGUAUCAGAAGGACUGUGUGCUUAUUAUCAACCAUGACUCUGGGGAAUAUGUGCUGGAAAAACUUAAUAGCAGCAUUCAAGUCAAAAAAACAAGAGUGGAAGGUAGCAGUAAGAUCCAAGCCCGAAUAGAGCAACAGUCUGCCCGAGCAUCUCAGCCUCCUUCACAGUUCAGAGCCCCAAACAAACCAGCAGUUGGACCUAAAACUUCUCCUUUGAAAGAUAAUCCCUCACCUGAGCCUCAGCUGGAUGACAUAAAGAGAGAGCUAAGGGCAGAAGUUGAAAUUAUUGAGCAGAUGAGCAGCAGCAGUGGAAGCAGCUCAUCAGAUUCAGAAAGCUCAGCUGGGAGUGAAGAUGAAAGCUCCAGCAGUGAGGGGGAAGAGCCAACACAAGUUUCCCCUUCCCAGCCACCGCACCAGCAAUAUAACAACAGGAAUGCUAUUGCUAAUGGCACCAGCAGGUCACAAGGAAGCAAUCAGCUCAUGAACACGCUCCGAAAUGACUUGCAGUUGAGUGAGUCUGGGAGCGACAGCGAUGACUAGAGGCUAAGCUUUUGCUGUUUCUGUUACUUAUACAUGAAGAACUAAUUUACCUUGAAGUGACCAUUGCCUAUGAAGAGGAGCUCGCGCAGAGAUAGUUCCAUGUGUGGAAUUCUAAUAGAAGAAAUGCAUAGCCCUGCAAAAUAGCAGAUGUCAAGGGCUGUUUUACUUUGUGAAUUAAGUGUAUAUUUUAUGUAUAUUCUUAUUAUUUUAAAGCUUUAAAUAGAUAUGUACAGUGAGUAAGCAAAUAUAUGUUCCUAUAUUACUGUCCAUCAUCUGUCAGUUUAAUGUGUAAUUAUAUGAUGUCCUCCAAAAAUAUCUUGUUUGUAGAAGAUAUUCAGCCCAUCAUUACUUUGUGGGGGGACUUUUGUAUAUAGGAUGAGCAUGAGCCAACAAUGAGCUUAAAAAACCAUGCAGGAGCUAAUGUGUGCACUGAAAUGGGACUGUCAUAAAUUAAGUUUCAAUACCAAGUUGAUUGGUUUGGGACUUUUCUAAUGUUGUUUUUUUAUUAUUAUUAUUAUUAUUGCUAUUUAUGGUUGAUUUAAUGGACUUACUUUUAAACAGCUGGAAAAUAGGAAUCAUAAAAUCAUGUUCGUCACAAACCUUGCUGCACCAGUGCCUUAUAAGCAGUUUUUCUUAAAUAGCACUUUGAUUCCUGCCACCUUUCCUAUAGGAAGCAAUACUGAAACUUCCUCAGAUAGCUUUUGCAAACAAGAGCUGUAUUUCACAUACAGCCAGCCGUACUCUGGGGGCAGUUAACUCUAGCAAGAUAAAGGAUAUACAUCAAUCACCUGAACGCUUCCAAAUAAGAACUGGAUCAGCAUUUUCUCUUGCAACUGAAGUGUCUCAUUUAACUCAGACAUUCAGACCUAGUCUUCCGAAAUAUUUAGGAGCCCAAUUACCUGUGAAAUUGCAAUGUUACAAAUACAAGAUGUUGGACUUACUGAAAUUCUAAGACCAGAGCCUUCUUUGCAGUUCCUGGGGAAUGCAGAAAGAAGAGAUGACUACACAAUUAACUGUGAAACAGCGGAAGUCUCUCUCCAACCACAGUUGUCCAGGCAGACUUUAGUCUGUAUUGUUUGUUGGACGGGAUCUCUGUGCUUGGCAGGAGUACACAGGACAUCAAAUAUUUACCUAGGAUGAAAUUCACCCCUGUUUAAGGGGGUUUAAAAGGUGCUCAGUUGGAUUAUCAUUAACUUGGUUUUGUUCAUAUGGAAAAUGAGUGCCACAAGCAGCCUCUUAGAGCUUGAACACCAGGCUGACUUUUUAUAACUAAAAUUAAACUGGCAUAGGACAAGCGGCACCGCAGUUGUGGUGUAAUCCAGGGGAAUGGGAAGCUGAAUUGGAUGCCUCUCCGUUCUUCCGUGUCUUUGCACUGCUUUUGUCUGUUCAUUUGUGUUUAACUGGUUUGUUUACUAAGCUCUUUGCUUUUUUUUUUUUUUUUUUUUUAAUUUUAAGGUGUUGAAGAGCAAGGGGACAUUUGAAAGGAGAUGUUAUUAAAUGGUUUAUUUUUUUGCAUUAGAUACAUAUUUAGGCAUAUUUUUGCAUUAUUGUACAUACAUUUUAAAAUACUUGGGGUUUUUUAAAGUGUUUUGUGAUGUGGGCACAUGUUUUAACAGACAAUUAUUAAAGAUACUUGAUGUAAAGCCA